AUGAAGACGAUGCCGACGUACUCGCCGUGCUGCAGCAGAACCGAGGCGCGUGGGCGCUCGGCAACGACGUUUCGCCCAACGACACUUGAGCAGCAGAUCUACAACGUCAUCGGCCACACCGACAACCAAGGUAAGGACGCUCAAUGUAUUCUUGAAUGUACACAGGCCCGUGAAUCUCGCAUCCGAGGAGCUCCGCCCGUUUUACGCGGGGCAUUUGAUUUCGGAUUUCAUGUUCGCGGCCUCUCCGUCAUGCACUUUGAGCGCGUACGGCGAGCGACACCGCUGGAUGCGUCCGGUUCCGUGAUCAAUAUGACAGAUUUUUCCAGGAAGAACGGCCUCCAAUCAGCCACAACCGACCCUUCGUACACAGUGUUCAUGGAUGCGCUUACUAAUCUCCGUCAAUUCGGAAGGAAGUUUUACAACGCAGACACUAUGGACCGCCUUCUGCUAUGGAUCAAUAUGAAGCUGGGCAAGUUUCGUGGUCUAGUCAUCUCUGACGGCCUGGCAGUAGCAAUCCUAGUCAAAGACGAGUUCUCCCUUCACGACUCGCUACUGGCGGUACUGCUCUAUGAUCUACAAAAAGCCAAACUGAUUGAGCUGGAGGCUAUGCUGAAAGCGCAACAACACGCGACCACUUCGAUGCAUAGCCGGCCGCGAGAGUCUCGGCCGACCAGACAAAGUAGCGGAGUACCCAAGAGCCUGACGCGCACUUUGCCGAAGCAAGGAUCGCUCGAGCUGUGCCUCAAGUACCUGUCAAAAACUGGGUGCAAUGGAAACGGUGUCCCAGGAAAGUUUUUUUCAAAGUACCGCGCACAUUUUCGGCCCAAGUCACUCUCUCCAGAAGCCAAGACCCAUAUUGAGACCCACUUCGGCGGACUCGCACCGGAGUUCGUCGACCUCUGA